CACGCCGGGAGGCGGAGUAGGCUGGGCGGUGCGGCCCGCGUGGGUGCGGCGUGGGGCGGCGGCGGCGGCCGAGGCGGAGCGGCGGCGGGCGGUGGCAAUGCUGCGGCGGAAGCCGACGCGGCUGGAGUUGAAGCUGGACGACAUCGAGGAGUUUGAGAGCAUCCGGAAGGACCUGGAGAGCCGCAAGAAGCAGCGGGAGGACGCGGAGGUGCCGGCGGCCGGCGAGGAGGCGGCGAGCAUCGCGCUGGGCGCCGACCACAAGAGCCGGGAGCAGAUCAUCAAUGACCGCAUCGGCUAUAAGCCUCAGCCCAAGGCCGGCGGCCGCGCCGCCCACUUCGGCACCUUCGAGUUCUAACGACGGGGGGGGGAUCCAGCAGCCCUGGGGGGGGCCGGCAGCCGCGGGGGGGCCGGGGCUGGUGGGUCUGGUCUCGCCAUCCCUCCCCUUUGCUGUUUCAGUUUGCUGGAUGUGGGUUUUUUAAGUGGGUCUGGUUAACACGCCCAUUAACGUCCCAUGGCCAAGCGUCUCCUUUGAAUUAAAUAUGUCUUUUUUUUUUAAUAAAAAAAAAAAAAGCAAGCCACAUGAACUGCUUCAAAUGGCUGAGGAGACCACGCAGGCAGGGAUGGAAACAACCAGGAUGCCGGUGUUUCCUUCACCUGUGUGUGCCCCGAUACAGCAAAGCAGUAAAACACUGCCCCUGCAGAAGGAUCCUGUGGGGGAUCUUGUAAUUUAGUAAUGUUCAAAAUGGAGACGGUGAAUGUGUUCAUUUAAACCUUUCACCCUCCAAGCUGGUGACCCUGCUAAGGAGAAGGUACCGGGGAGCCUCUCAUUAGCGUUUUAUAGGCCUGUAUGAAUAAAGGCGGCAGCUCCA